AUGGCAGUAGCGACGACUGCCGCCGCCAGCAGCUACCGGAAAAACUCGCCAAUCCGACACGGCUUCAGCCGCUUGUUCCCCGCCGGUGAUGCCCCGAGGUUUUUGGCCAUGGCCUCCAAAAAGAAGGUGAACAAAUACGAUUCGGGCUGGAAAAAACAAUGGUUCGGUGCAGGAUUAUUCUACGAGGGCAGUGAAGAACUCGAAGUCGACAUUUUCAAGAAGCUCGAAAAACGGAAGGUCCUGAGCUCUGUCGAGAAAUCUGGCGUCCUCUCGAAAGCCGAGGAGCUCGGUUUUACCCUCUCGUCCAUAGAAAAACUUGGCCUUUUGUCCAAGGCUGAGGAGCUCGGCCUGUUGAGCCUGCUCGAGAAUGCUGCCGGAUUGUCUCCCUCAGCCCUGGCCUCGGUGGCUCUGCCGGUUCUGGUGGCAGCUGUGGCCGUGGUCGUGGUGGUUCCCGACGACUCGGUGGUUCUUGUGGCGGCUCAGGCGGUGGUUGCCGGAUUGCUGGCGGCCGGAGGUCUCGGGCUGUUCGUGGGGGCGAUCGUGCUCGAAGGGCUGCAAGAGGCAGAUUAG